CUCAGGUACAUGUCGACUAUCCUGUAACAUGUAAUUAGUAGUUGUAUAUCUAUCUUCGUCGCGCCGCCCUGUCCGGCCCUCCAGGCGUGAAUGAAUUCCUAUCCCACUCUAGUCGCUCUUUUCUGAUUCCCAUCCCCCAUGUUGUUCCAGCUCAGCGCUGCCACGGCCUUGGCCUUCGCCACAGCCGCGCAGGCUGCCCCCGAGAACCUCGGUCAAUGCACUGGCGGCAUUUUUCCCACCCAGAUUCGUCUCGCCUAUGCCGGCGACCACGGCAUGGCAGUCAGCUGGAACACCAAGCUGCAGCUCACCCACCCGACAGUAUACUUCGGCAAGGAUCAGCGCCUCAACCGCGUCGCCCAGUCGGAUGUGUCGACCACUUAUCCCAGCUCGUCCACGUACAACAACCAUGUCGUCCUCACUGGCCUUGAGCCCAACACCGCAUACUUCUAUAAGCCCAACUGCGGCAAUGUGACCUACACCUUCACAACCGCGCGCCGCCCUGGCCAGAAGACCGAGUUCAGCUUCGCCAUGGUCGGCGACAUGGGCACCUUUGGCCCCGAUGGUCUCAGCACCACCGUCGGGAAAGGCGCUGCCAACCCGCUCAAACCAGGCGAUUUGACGACGGUGCAGUCGCUGGCCGCUCGCCAGGGUAGCUACGACUUCGUCUGGCACGUUGGUGAUCUUGCUUACGCCGACGCCUGGAUCAAGGAGGAGAAGGGCGGCUAUGUCUCCCCGUACAACCUCACCGACAACGGUGCCGAGUACGACCGCAUCCUCAAUGACUUCUACGACGAGAUCGAGGAGCUCUCUAGUGGUAAGCCCUACAUGGUCGGUCCCGGAAACCACGAGGCCAACUGCGACAACGGCAGUGACCUGAGCGUCUGUGUACCUGGCCAGCUCAACUUCACUGGCUACCGCCAGCACUGGAACAUGCCUUCUGCUGAAUCUGGUGGCCUCGAGAACUUCUGGUACUCCUUCGACCAUGGCAUGGUGCACUUCGUCAUGUUUAAUACUGAGACUGACUUCCCCAACGCUCCGGAUGAGCCUGGCGGCGAGGGCGCCGAGAAUGCUGGCCCCUUUGCACCGACCGGAGCCCAGCUCGCCUGGCUAAAGAAGGACCUCGCCGCCGUCGACCGCAAGAAGACUCCCUGGGUUGUUGCCGCUGGUCACCGUCCCUGGUACGUUAGCACGACGGUUUGCACUGAGUGCCAGGCCGCUUUCGAGCCCAUCCUGAUCGAGUACGGCGUCGACCUAGUGCUCCACGGCCACAAACACUUUUACGAGCGCCACGCCGCCGUUGCCAACAACGUCACUCAGGAGAUUACCAACAACCCCACAGCUCCCUGGUAUGUGGUCAAUGGUGCUGGUGGACACUAUGACGGUCUCGACACCCCCAGCGCCCCCUAUGUCAGCACUUCUCGCGAUGUCAUAGUAGCGUACGGCUGGAGCUUGUUCACCGUCCACAACUGCUCCCACUUGACCACUCAGUUCAUUGGUAGCGCCAAUAAUACUAUCCUUGACACCGCUACUCUGAUCAAAGACCAUUGCCACCCUGACGACGGCGAUGGAUGCCCAGUAUAAGGUUAGAUUUAAGGGUUAGAGGGGUUGCGGUGGGAAGAGACCGAGCAACUAGUGUGGCUGCUCGUCGCGAUACCCGUGGAUGUUUUGUGCUUAAAUUCUCACUAUGUAUUCUAAUACUGGAUGACCAUCCAUAUUGUAUAUAGUUAAUAUAGCUUGACGUAAAUCGUCGCCGCAUCGACUAUCUACGGAAUAGUGUCAGGUGUGAGUUCCGCCGCGCCAUUAGUUGGUAGCUUGUGGCAUGUCUAGAUUUGUAUGUCGCAAUAAAGGUAUCGUCCUGGGAAACAUUGAUCGCAGCGAUCAAUUAUAUAGUUUCUUUAGUUCUCAUCUCAUGGCUUGGAAGUACUCGUAUCAUAACUCUAGUGUUAUAAUCUAAGGCAUGUGUGCAUUCUGGUUAUAUGUGGAAGAUUGUUCUAUCGUACAUGAGAGGGACCUAGGGCUCAUAUAUAU